UCAACAACGCUACUACAUAAUACUAUGGUGAUUGUUCGUCCAGCGACAAUGGCCGAAGUGGAUCUCGAUCGAUAAAGUUUCCAUGCCGUGCCGCCAAAAUACUAGACUCACGUGGCUUAGCGGUGAAUAUUUUUGACGGCGCAUAGAGAUGCAUUGAAAUGUUGGGCACGGAAAAGAUGCAUCUCGCCAAGGCGCAAAUACCCAAAAACCACCGAAUAGACAAAUCAUUGGAUUAAACGAUUUACCAUAUCCAAGGUUCGGUAUCGCAUUACAUCCACAAAAAAAAAAAAAUGCAUUACAUACGCUUGUUGCGCCGCCCAAAAUUAGACACAUCAAACAUCAGGAGACCACUCAUCUCAAUUCUUCUUACCAUCACCACGGAUCUAGGUGACUCAUUUCUUUACCCGGACGAGCCCGUCGACUUGACUAUCUCGGUGGAGAACCCAACGGGCCAGUCAAUUAUACUAGAAAUAGAUCGGCCGCCGAGGUGGACUGCUGGGCUGCGAUGCCUCGACGUCAAAGUCCCCGUUAAGCCGCAUCUGAAGAAGAGCGACGUCACGUGUACCAUUAGGAUUCAUCCAGCGACGCAAACUCCACCGUUGGGGGUGUUGAAGGGUAGGGAUACGCUUCCGUGGAGCGUUACUAGAGGCUCGCCCGCGAGCAAGGGUCUCAUUAUGCCAGUUUCCGUCGACAUGGCGAAGGGCAUUUGCGCUCCCGUUGCCGUCCGGACACUCCGACUCAAUUCUAGGUUUCAGCCCCAGGACCAGCUGGACAUCGACCUGGAAGAAGAUGUCGGGGAGAGCAUCGCGCGUCACAUAUGGGAUGCGGGUGUUGUGACAGCGUCCUUUCUCGGGGAUGCAUGUAGUAGUAAGGAAGGAAUUUGCGAUAUAUUGCCUAUACGAAAAGACAGCUUUAACGUCUUAGAGCUAGGUAGCGGCGUGGGUAUUCUCGGGAUUACCUUGGCGCAAGUCCUAGAAAGGGCCGUAGUCUAUGGCCAUACCUCCAGUAAGGCUACCGUACUGCUAACAGACCUCUCAGAGGCGGAAGAGCGUGCGAGGUCGAACAUCGCGCGAGCCGAAGUGGCGCUUUCCCAAAUAAAUCCCGACGGUUCCACAGUAGCUCUUCAGUACGAAGACCUGGACUGGGACGAGGGUAAACGUGGCCGGUUUGGAGCUCUUGCUUCUGCGCGCCCGUGGGAUCUGGUUAUACUUAGCGACUGUACGUAUAACGUUGACUCGUUACCCGCGCUUGUCGGAACGCUGAGCGCGCUACAUGCUGCAAAUGUAAAACACCUCCACGAAGCGGAAGCGGAUCCAAAGACGUCGGUUAUCUUAGCGACAAAGCCCAGGCAUUCUUCUGAACAGGCUCUAUUCGGCCUGCUAAGCUCCGCUGAUUGGCGAUAUAGCGUUCUCAAGACUAUCCCACUACCAAAGCUAGGCGAAGAGGAUGAGGUAGUCGACAUAUACCUACUAGAAAAGGGGGAGAGGAAGGCCUAGCCUGUCCCUCGGUAUUAUAUAACCUCGUGAAUAUUACUGCUAAUAAUGCGCUGUGAUCUAUCUGUUAUCUUAUACGGUUAAGGAUUCUUGAUGCAGAUGUAGGGCCACAACGG